AUGGUGAUUAAGCGAAGAUGCUCUACUACCGCUGACUGCGAAACGUUUCCCUGUUACUCAAAAGAGUUUAAAAAGAUUUGCAUUGACAACUUGUGCGAAUGCAAAAUACCAAAUAGUGAUGGCUCCGCCCAGACAACUGAAAAUGAAAGACCAUGCUCCAGUCAGAAGGACUGCGACAAAAUUAAUUUCCUAUGUCGAUCGGGAACCCUCAAAUGUGUUAAUGGGAAGUGCGAAUGCAAAAUACCAAAUAGUGAUGGCUCCGCCCAGACAACUGAAAAUGAAAGACCAUGUUCCAGUCAGAAGGACUGCGCCAAAAUUAAUUUCCUAUGUCGAUCAGGAACCCUCAAAUGUGUUAAUGGGAAAUGCAUAUGCGUAGGCGUGAAUUGA